AACUACUCCAACCCAGUUUACCCCUUAACCGAGUUCAACUUACUUCUUAUCCUUACAGCACUGACAAUCCUUAUUGGUCUUACAGUUCAUCCUACACUUACUUUGAGUCGGAUCUGGACGCAGCUAACCCAUAUAAUAUGAAUACCAAGUACCUAACGGCGCCUCUAAUUUUCCUGAGCUGCACAAAUCAAAUGAAUGAUUCCGACGUCUUUGUAAAAAACAGCUCGAUGCAUCAACUCUUCCUCCGGUUCUUUCCGGUCAACAGUGUAUUCUUAUUUCAUUCUUGGGCGCUAUGGGAGAAGAGCUGACGUCGGGUUGUCCUGCAAUUACGCUCAUGGUUCUGGUGCCCAACCCACGCACACUUACUGAGAAGUCCAGCAAAUCGUGUCAGGGCAUAUAUGAACAACUAGCAUAUGGCUUUGAACUCUCAUGGAUUGACUACCAAUGUAGCGAUACCUGCGGACAGAAUUAUGCGAAUCGUGAGGAAAACCCGAAUCUAUACUGUGGGCUGACCACCUACAAAAAUAAGACUGGAGUUGAGUGCCGAUCUACAUCUACUACAUACGAAGCGCCUCCAGUUGCAGCCCCUCCAGUUGCGAUGAGCAGUGAUCGUACCUACAAUGAAAGGUUCCAACAGCUUCUGGACUAUGCGUUACCUCUUGUGCUGAUGGCUUACAGUGGAUUAAUCCAAGCGCCGUUGAGGCUAUUAUUGGGCUUCCUAGUUAUGCCUACAUUACUAAUUUACAAUUGGCGAAGGAGGCACUUGUCAGUGUAUGACUAUAUAGAAGACUUUCUGCGGAAUAACAAUAAUCUCAUACCAGUAAGGUUCUCGUACGGGGACAUCAGAAAGAUGAGUAGCGGAUUCAAAGAAAAAUUGGGUGAAGGAGGCUUUGGCACCGUUUACAAGGCAAAGCUCCGCAGUGGUCGCCCUGUAGCCAUCAAGAUGUUGAGUAAGACCAAAGCUGAUGGACAAGAUUUUAUCAAUGAGGUUGCUACUAUAGGAAGGAUUCACCAUGUUAACGUGGUGCGACUUAUCGGCUUUUGUUUUGAUCGGUCAAAUCGAGCACUUGUUUAUGAUUUCAUGUCAAACGGCUCUCUUGAAAAACACAUUUUUUCUCAGCAAGGUGUCACCUCCUUGAGCUGUGAGAAAAUACUUGAGAUUGCAGUUGGAGUGGCUCGUGGAAUUCAAUAUCUCCAUCAAGGAUGUGAAAUGCGAAUCUUGCAUUUCGACCUCAAGCCUCACAACAUUCUUCUAGAUGAGAAUUUUACUCCCAAGGUUUCUGAUUUUGGAUUGGCAAGGCUAUACCCAAUGGAUAACAGCAUUGUGUCUAUGACCGCAGCAAGAGGAACAAUAGGAUACAUGGCUCCAGAGUUAUUCUACAAAAACAUUGGAGGUGUAUCAUACAAAGCGGAUGUAUAUAGUUUUGGAAUGCUAAUGUUGGAAAUGGCAGGUAGAAGGAAAAACUUGAAUGCAGCCAUAGAUCGUUCAAGCGAAUUUAGCCAAAUCUACUUUCCAACAUGGGUUUCUGAUCAACUGAUUCAAGGGAAGGAGAUCGAAAUAGGAGAUGCCACUGAAGAUGAAAUGAAAAUCAUAAAGAAGAUGAUCAUAGUGGCUUUGUGGUGCAUACAAAUGAAGCCUGUUGAACGCCCUUCGAUGAGCAAAGUAGUAGAAAUGCUUGAAGGGGAAAUCGAGACCCUCCAAAUACCUCCAAAGCCUUUCUUAUAUCCACAGCAAGUACCAGCAGAUGAUCUCGAGAACCAUACUGCGUGUUCAUCAACAAUGACAGAAUCAACAGAGAUCAAUUUGAUUGCAGAUGCAAGUUGAAUUAAUAUAUAUUCGUCAUUAUGUGGUUGAAUGUAAAGGCUAUGAAAACUUCUCUAGAUUUGAUAGCUUUAAAAAACAUUUAAAGUUUGAUUACAUGUAGUAGUACAGUUAAACUUGCUUUUUAUUGCUGUCUUGAUAUGAAUAAAAUGUU